AUGAAGAAGAUAGGGAGGAAGAAUGACGAAGGCGACGAGGAUAACGAUUAUAUCCUCGACGACCGCGCCGAAGAUGCUAGCUUGCCUAUACCUCUGGUUAACAAUCGCAAUACCGGAAGCGACAUUCUGAGCGAAUUGACCUUCAAACUUAGCAUCUUACUGUGUCGGGACGAAUUUACAGAUGGACAGCCUUCCUCCAGCGGCCCCGUUUACAUCAGCGGUAUUCUCGCCUUCACAACCGACGGAGCCGGGUUUCAGACUCCUCGUCUUCAUACGCCCACAAUAUCUGCAUUAAUUCAUCUUCAGCUCCUUCUAUUUCUCGAAGAUAUUCUUCCUUGUCGCCAAUAUCCACACCUGAAAAUCCCUGUUCGACCGGGCCGCGAUCACCUGGAAAUUCUCAACUCAGUUCGAUGCCGGUACAUGUGUGCCGGCUCCUUGACACCCCUAGGCGAGAUGAUUAGCCUCCUUGAUUACGGCAGAAGUAUGCUCCGUUUAGAACUGCCGGCAUUCUUUAUGCGAUGGAGCGAUGAUCGCCAGACCAUCUUCUUCGAUGAUCACAGCCUCCACAUGGAUCAAUUUCGAUGUUUUGCCCGGUCGCUCUCUGAUUCCGCCGCCGAUUUAUACGAUCAGCUGGUGCGCCAAUGGCGACCCGAAGUAUCAUUAGAGGGUAUCAAGGAUAGCUUCAGCAAUAACACUCCAGGAUACUCGUUCGUCUAUGAUCCAGCCAACCGAUUAUACGAUGUAUAUCUUCAGCUUUCCACCAGUGUUUGCGGUAUGGGCCCAAACGCGCUGAUUCAAUACGGUGAAUGGGAUCUUCCGGCUGUUAUUGAGUAUCUUCAACUACACGAUCGAGCGCUCCACGCCUUAGGGCAAGCUAUGGCCACCAACGACGGGGGAGUGCCUCGUCUCGGUGAGAUGUUUACCAUCCUAUUACGAAAUGGUCCGAUGAGCCCGCGUGGCGUUUACGUCUAUGACUGGACGAUGAUGACUUUCGUGCGAUAUACCAAAGCCCAACACAACACUAAUCGCGAAUUUUGUGUAGCGCGGUUUUCGUCACCUUCACUUCGUUGUGUAUUGUUCUAUGAGAUGGUAUACGUUCGGCCGUUGAUCAACAUGCUUUCAAGGUACCUACCACCAACGAUCUCCUAUUUUCCACCAAUCCGGUGGUUGCUCGACAAGCCUCUUAUCGCCAUUGGACGACUAAUGAUCUUACUUCCGCUUUCCGCCAGAGUAGCAAUUGCAUUCUUGGGUAUCCAAUGGGGUCGCGGUUACUUCGUCAAGUGA